GGUUUGGGAUCUGUGCCUGGGGGGCGGGGGGGGGGCAGAUUUUGCAGCUCCCCUUUAGUACAGUGACUGUACUAGUUGAACUUACAAUUAAUCACUUACUUGCAAAAAGAACAUCCCACACUCAUUUGCUUCUUUGGGCUCCGCCGCCAUUACUCUGUUCUAAGCCUCCAUCACCUUCCACCUGGAUACAGCCAUCGCUGUGUGGAUAGUCUCCGUUUUUCACCCUUGUUCCUCUAUGUUCCAGCUGCCAGAGAUCUUUUUAAAAGUGAAAAUCUGGUUCUGUCUCACCGCAUUCUCCUAAAUAGUCCCAUGGCUCCCCGCUGACCGCAUGAUAAAGGUCUAAUAUACCUGCAAAGCAUAUUAAAGCCCCAAAUGUCUCAGGCGCUGUGGACUCCAGCCACACUGGCCUUUCAUCAUUCUACCUGAAGGGGCUUUGAAUGUUGUUUCUCCCUUGUGUCUCCUUGCCUCUUCCUGCUUAUUUUUCAACUUGCAGUUCAGCCGUCACUUCCUCGGAGAAAUCUUGUCUGAUUCUGAAAAUCACGUCAGAUCUCCUUUAUGCACUUGGAUGUCCAUCACUUCUUUUAAAACUCUUCCACAAUUCGACUCUGCGUAUUUCCAUCAAGAAAAAGAAAAAUCUGGAUUAACAGUUGCUACAUUUCUAAAUGAUGACCUGACUAAAACCUAUAGGUUCAUCUUGAAGCAGAUGAUUUUUGCAACCAAGACAAAGUUAGCUUUCAAAGAAGAUCUGCCCAGUUCUCUAAUCCCUUGUUGUCAGAUGUGGCAAACAGGAAUUCUUAUACCUGGCAGGUGGACAAGGGCAGUGAUUCUCAAACUUCAUUAUCUCAGAACCCUUUACAUCCACCAAAAUGACUGAAGAUUCCAAAAAGCUUUUAUUUAUCCAAUUUUGUUCUUUUAUCUAUCGGCAUACCACAUUGCCGAUCGUUCUCAUCUACUGGUCUAGGCUGCUCCAGAUACCUCCAAGUGUCAUGCAGUCACUGGUCUCUAUAUUCACAUACAUCACCAAAUGCAAGGGGAGCAGAAGACAGGAUACCUAUAAGGAUCUCUCAGUGACUCUCCUGGUACCCUGCUACAGUAACACCACCAGGAAAAUCCUGCAGUUCCCCAGCUGGUUUGCUGAGAAGCACAACUUUGCAAAACCAAAUGACAGCCGUGCUCUCCACCUAAUGACCAAAUGUGCCCAGACUGUAAUGAAAGAACUGGAAGAUAUUGUGAUUGCAUAUGGACAGAGUGAUGAGUACAGCUUUGUGUUCAAGCGGAAAAGCAACUGGUUUAAAAGAAGAGCCAGUAAGUUCAUGACUCAUGUGGCAUCCCAGUUCGCCUCCAGCUUUGUGUUUUAUUGGCGAGAUUACUUUGAGGACCAGCCCCUUCUGUAUCCACCAGGCUUUGAUGGAAGAGUCAUAGUGUAUCCUAGCAACCAGACCUUAAAGGACUACCUCAGUUGGCGGCAAGCAGAUUGUCACAUCAAUAAUCUGUACAAUACAGUUUUCUGGGCCCUCGUACAACAGUCUGGACUAACACCAGCACAAGCCCAAGAGAGAUUACAGGGAACUCUUGCAGCAGACAAGAAUGAGAUUUUGUUUUCCGAGUUCAACAUCAACUAUAACAAUGAGCCGCUGAUGUACAGGAAGGGGACCGUGUUGAUAUGGCAGAAGGUGGGUGAAGUCACAACAAAAGAAGUUAAACUGCCAGAAGAAAUGCAAGGGAAAAAGAUGGCAGUGACCCGGACCAGGACUAAGCCAGUGCCUUUAUAUUGCGAUAUAAUCGGGGAUGCUUUUUGGAAGGAACAUCCAGAGAUCCUAGAUGAAGACAGCUGAUCCUUUGCUUUUUAGCCCUGGCAGGCUUAUCCAUGCAAGACCCCCUAAGUCUCCUGGCCUUAGGUGCCCUACAAUCCCUACUACCAACAGCAGUGUGCCAGGAGUGACAUAUAUCAGGUUGGAAAGGAAACAGGGAAAGAAGGGAUGGAUAGGGGUGGUUAUCGUGUUCUGCUUUAAGUAGAACAUUUUUUUUACAGUGUUGGAACAUGGUUCCUUCGGUAGAAGUGCAUUUUUUUUUUAAUCGUGGUUCUAUUUUUAUAAAGCAAGAAGUAUUUUAUGCCUUGCAGGAUGAAUCAUUUUUAGAUUGUGGCAUAAGUCUUAUAAAAACUUGUCAAGCUUUUUCCACCUAUGAUGGAUGAACCCAAACUUUACUCUCAACCACCUGUUCUUAACUACAAAAUCUACUAACCUUGAAAAUCUCACCUUUCCUACCCUUGUACUUUGACCUUGAGAUAAAUAAUGAGUUGGUGGUUACACGAUGCCUCUGAAUUCAGGAAUUGCAGGGAGAAUCAGGAUUUUGUGCCAGUCUCCCAAGUUGGCAACUUUGGCUGAACAAAUUAGUAAUUUGGAUGUCCUUGUGUAAACAUUCCAUAGAUUGAUUUUGUGGAGCUGUCAACAGGAUCAUUGUCUCGCCAAGGAUAUUUCCAAAGCCACUUACUUUUUCUAAGAAGAAAGAGAAUUAUAUGUAUAUAUGAGAAAAAGAAACUGAAAAUGAACAAGGAAGAUAAAACAUGGACUCUGUGUCCUCUAAACACUUCAGUUGUAAAAGUCACCUUCCUGUUGGAUUUUCUAAAAAGGAUUCUCAGGUAGCCUCUAUGGAAUUGGAACACUGACAUCUGAGUUAGAGAGCAGAGUGGUCAGCACUUCCCUUGGGGUCACAAAUGGCAGGUGUCAGAGGACUCCUAACAGUUCCACCUGCUGGUGGGCCAAUGGAGAUGAGGGGAGGAGCAGCAGAGAGCAGCAGCAGUAACUGCAAUGUGGCCUAGUUGCUGGCCCCAGAAGUGAGGGUACGUGGUGAGAGAACUCACAUUGCCCGUUGUCCUCCUUUCAUAUUUCACAGGAGGAUUAUUUGGCUCUAUUAAGAAUUAGGAGGCAGCCUAUGUUUUAGUGCCUGGUCUUGCAUUACAGAAUUUACAGCCACAGAGAAAAUGUAUUUUUAAAGGCAAUGGCUGGUCUCCUUCUUCACUAAUUGAUACCUCAUCUGUUGGAAUCAUUUCUUCCCCUUCCUGUUCUCACUAGAGGAGAUUUGAUGCAUGUUUGGUAAUUGAUAAAAUCUCUGAGAAAAAAAUAAAGGCUUCAACUCCCUUGGCCUAAUUUUUCAUUUAUUUUUCUCAUACAAAUACAGUAUAUGAAUCCAA